AUGCCGAUCGUCGAGGUUGGCAUGAUGGGCGUGCGACCCAACAAAACGCCCAUGGACCCGAGUACAGCGGACGGCAAGAUCCUCAGCGAUGCGUGGAAAGCCGUGAUCCAGGCGCCUGGCGGACCGCAGAGAGUCUUCUGGGGUCUUGAGGAGGAGGACAGGGGCAGGAUUUGGGGGUGGUUUGAUUGGGAGAGUGUAGAAGAGCAUGAAGCGUUUGCGAAAUCAGUUGGCGGCGAAGCAACAAAGCGCUUUGUGGAAGUCUUCACGCCCGGCUUCACCAAGCACGCCCAUGUGGACACGAGUGUGUUGAAGGCACCGGUGACGGAGGUCAUGCUGGCCUCCUUCCCACCCGACAUCACCCAAGACGCCAAAGAUGCCGUGGCGGGACAGUUUCAGACAUUCAAGGAAAAAGCGUUAGACCAGUGCAAAGACGUCAGAACUGUGAGUUCGGGCUGGGGCCUCGAGAUCGACUUCCCCGUUCGCAACAGUCCGAACGGCGAGAAAGGGACAUUGUUCUUUGCGUUGAUAGGAUGGGGAAGUGUGGACGAACACAUGGCUUUUCGAGAGACGGAGGCUUUUAAGGAGAAUGUGGGUCUGAUCACGGGUAUGGAGGGAUAUGUCAAGCUGGAUAUGUUCCAUUUGAGUUGUGAAGUCAUGGAGCGGGAGGACUAA